AACUGAGUAGGAUGCAGAGGAGCUGGUGGAGAACAUGGCAAAGAGUGACUCAGUUUACAAUGAGGAGUAUGAUAGAGCAAGCAGAGGUGAGGAUCAGCAGACAAAGAAGGAUAUCAAAUCAUUGCAAGACAAGUUGGAUUUGGUUCUUUCAAACCAAUCCAAGAAGGAGCAGGUCAGCUUUGUUGGUGAUCCUAAUCAAGAGGUUCCUCCUAAGGUGAAUGAGGUUGAUGGUUUGGAAGGGCAAGAAGAACUUUGCUUCAUCAACAACAAUGGUACAUGGUACAGAAAGGAGCCUAACUUUCAGUACAACAACUACCAGCCGAGGUCUUAUCAAAACAACCAGCAAGGAGGAUACCAACCUAAGCAAACCACUCAACAAGGGAACUAUCAGCAAAGGCAAAAUGCCCCUCCUGGUUUUGGUAACACAAGUCAGUCUACUCAAGCUCAAGGAAGCUCAUCUCAAUCAAAGGCUCCUGAUUCAAACAUGGAGUCAAUGUUCAAGCAGAUCAUGGAAGCUCAAUCUAGAGUUGCAAAGGAUAUUGGGCAUGAGUUCAAGACAGUGCACUCCAAGAUUGACAGUACCUACACAGAGCUGAACAACAAGAUCAGGGCUUUGGAGAGCCAAUUCGCUUCUAUGAACUCUCAGCCUAGUCGCCAACAGGGAACCCUACCUGGAAAACCUGAGCAAAACCCCAAAGAAACAAUGAAGGCAAUUACUUUGAGAAGUGGUAAAGAGUUGCCUCCAAGAGUACUCACCAAGGAUGGUGAGAAACAGGGUGGGGAGGUUGCCAUCAACAUUGAUGAUGAGGUAGUAAUUGUUGAUGAGAAGGUUGAUGAGGAAAUUAUGGAAAAGAUUGUGGAAGCUAAGGGCAAAGGAAAGGUUGGAGAGGAGAAGAGAACAGUGAAGCAAGGUGAAGCUACAUCAAAAGAUACUUCUUUUGUCCCUCCUCCCUAUGAGCCUAAGUUACCUUUCCCAGGAAGAUUCAAGAAGCAACUAUUGGAGAAAUAUAAGGCACUCUUUGAGAAGCAGAUGAGUGAAGUGCAGAUUACAAUGCCCAUCAUAGAUGCCUUUAUGCUUGUUCCUCAGUAUAGCAAGUUCUUGAAGGAUGCUGUGGCUGCUAAGAAGAAAGAAAUGGAAGGAAUGGUGGUUCUUACUCAUGAGUGCAGUGCCAUCAUUAAGAGGUUGACAAUCCCUAAGAAGCUAGAAGAUCCAGGAAGCUUCACUCUACCUUGUGCCAUUGGUCCCUUGAUGUUUGAAAGGUGCCUAUGUGACUUGGGAGCUAGUGUUAGUCUCAUGCCUUUAUCUGUCGCCAAGAAGCUUGGGUUUAGCCACUACAAGAAGUGCAAACUCUCCUUGGUGCUUGCUGAUCGCUCAGUGAAGUUUCCCAUUGGAAUUUUGGAAGAUCUCCCCGUGAUGGUGGGAAAUUGUGAAAUCCCUACUGACUUUGUGGUGCUAGAGAUGGAUGAGGAAGCUAGAGAUCCUUUGAUCCUUGGAAGACCAUUCUUGGCCACAGCAGGAGCAAUUAUAAAUGUGAAGGAGGGAAAGAUAGAUCUCCACUUGGGUAAGGAGCACAUCCUCCACUUUGACAUCAAUGAGAUAAUGAAGAGGCCAACCAUCCAAGGGCAGAUCUUCUACAUAGAGGAAAUGGAAGCUUUAGCUGAUGAGCUGCUUGAAGAGUUAGCACUGGAAGACCCUCUACAGCAUGCCUUGACAGUUGAUAGAGGAGUCCAAGUGGUUGAGAACAAGGAAAGUGAUGCUUAUGGAAGGAUGCUGGAUUCACACAGAGGGUUUGAGAGUGAGGAUCAGUAUGAGGCGCUUCAACAAGUGGUUCAUCAAGAGACAGCACCCACUCAACAAAAGGACAGUCACCAAGAGGAUUGGGAUGAACUCAAGGCACCUAAGGUGGAACUUAAACCCCUUCCCCAUGGUGUAAGGUACGCUUUCCUUGGCCCUAAUGAGACUUACCCUGUCAUUGUGAAUAGUGAGCUUACUGAACUUGAAUUGUCUCAACUGUUGAGUGCGCUUAAGAAGUUUAGGAAAGCAAUAGGGUAUUCUCUAGAUGACAUCAAAGGGAUAUCACCUUCUUUGUGCAUGCAUAGGAUACAUCUAGAGGAUGAAUCAAUGACUUCUAUUGAACAUCAAAGAAGGUUAAACCCUAAUUUGAAAGAAGUUGUAAAGAAGGAGAUUCUCAAACUCUUAGAUGCAGGUGUUAUUUACCCAAUCUCAGAUAGUAAAUGGGUAUCUCCUGUGCAUGUGGUUCCAAAGAAAGGUGGUAUCACUGUUGUGAAAAAUGAUAAGAAUGAGUUGAUCCCCACUAGAACUGUAACUGGACAUAGGAUGUGCAUUGAUUAUAGAAAGUUAAACUCUGCAUCUAGAAAGGAUCAUUUUCCAUUGCCAUUUAUUGAUCAGAUGCUUGAGAGGCUUGCAAACCAUCCUUUCUAUUGCUUUCUUGAUGGGUAUUCAGGGUUCUUCCAAAUCCCCAUACAUCCCGAUGAUCAAGAGAAGACGACAUUCACAUGCCCUUAUGGUACCUUUGCCUAUCGAAGGAUGCCAUUUGGGUUAUGUAAUGCUCCAGCCACCUUUCAAAGGUGCAUGAUGUCUAUCUUCUCUGAUCUCAUUGAGGAUGUUGUGGAGGUGUUCAUGGAUGACUUCUCUGUCUACGGAUCUUCGUUUUCUGCUUGUUUGUCCAACUUGUGCAGGGUCCUACAGAGAUGUGAAGACACCAACCUUGUGCUGAACUGGGAGAAGUGUCACUUCAUGGUCAAAGAGGGGAUUGUACUUGGACACAAGAUUUCAGAAAGAGGCAUCGAAGUGGACAAGGCUAAGAUUGAGGUGAUGGUUAGUCUACCUCCACCAAAGACUGUGAAAGACAUAAGGAGUUUCCUUGGCCAUGCUGGGUUCUACAGGAGAUAUGUCAAGGACUUCUCAAAAGUUGCUAGGCCAAUAACCAAGCUGCUAUGCAAAGAAGCCGCUUUCAGCUUUGAUUCAGAUUGUCUUGAAGCUUUCAAGGAGCUGAAGAACAAUUUGGUCAAUGCUCCUAUUGUUCAGCCACCCGAUUGGAGUCUCCCCUUUGAAAUUAUGUGUGAUGCAAGUGAUUUUGCUGUUGGAGCUGUUCUGGGGCAGAAAAAGGAUGGCAAGACUCAUGUGAUCUACUAUGCUAGAAAGGAACCAUUAAGACUCGAAGGUUAUUCCAAGAAGAAGUUCUACAAGGAGUUGAAGAGGUACUAUUGGGAUGAACCUUUUCUUUUCAUCCUUUGCAAAGACCAUCUCUAUAGAAGGGCAGUGGCUGAAGAAGAGUUCAUCUCAAGGUGUGAUUCUUGCCAAAGGAGAGGGAACAUCACAAAGAGGAAUGAAAUGCCUCAAAACCCAAUUCUUGAAGUGGAAGUAUUUGAUGUUUGGGGCAUAGACUUCAUGGGACCUUUCCCUUCUUCUUAUGGCAACAAGUACAUCCUAGUGGCUGUAGACUAUGUGUCUAAGUGGGUUGAAGCAGUUGCAAGUCCUACAAAUGACUCAAGAGUGGUGUUGAAGAUGUUUAAGAGCAUCAUUUUUCCAAGGUUUGGAGUUCCUAGAGUGGUGAUAAGUGAUGGAGGCUCACAUUUCAUCAACAAACUUUUUGAGAAUCUUCUCAAGAAGAAUGGAGUGAAACACAAGGUUGCAACCCCUUAUCACCCUCAAACCAGUGGUCAAGUUGAAAUCUCUAACAGAGAGAUCAAGGGUAUCUUGGAGAAGAUUGUGGGAGCCAAGAGGAAGGAUUGGUCAGACAAGCUUGAUGAUGCACUUUGGGCCUAUAGGACAGCAUACAAGACACCAUUGGGAACCACCCCUUUCAACCUUGUGUAUGGGAAAGCUUGUCAUCUACCAGUAGAACUUGAGUACAAGGCAUUGUGGGCUGUGAAAUUACUGAACUUUGACAUCAAGAAUGCAAAAGAAAAGAGACUUUUUCAGCUUCAUGAGCUUGAUGAGAUUAGGAUGGAUGCUUUUGAGAACUCAAGGAUCUACAAGGAGAGAACCAAAGCCUUUCAUGACAAGAACAUUUUGAAGAGAGAGUUAAGAGCUGAUGAUCAGAUACUCCUCUACAACUCUAGGCUGAAGUUGUUUCCAGGGAAGCUCAAAUCAAGGUGGUCUGGACCCUUUAAGAUCAAGGAAGUUAAGCCUUAUGGAGCAGUGGUUCUUUGGGAUAAGAAUGGAGGAGAGUUCACAGUGAAUGGACAAAGAGUGAAGCUCUAUUUAGGUACUACACCAAAGGAAGAUGGAUUCUCAAUUCCACUUUCUGAACCCACCUCCACCUAGUCUCAAAAGAAGCAAAGUCAAGCUAGAGACUUUAAACAAGCUCACUUGGGAGGAAGUCCCAUGUCUAUCCUUGUAAAUAUUGCAUUAGAAUUUCUUUUUUCGAGUUGAAGUGAAGUGAACCUUGGAGAAUGGGUACCAUGGAUAGAGAAGACAAGAAGCUAGUGUGGUAUGGGUUGAGGAGAAAGGUUCUCUAAAAAAAAAAAAAAAAAAAAAAAAAAAAAGGAUUGAAACGAGAGGACCGGACUGUGAGGACCGGGAAGGAGAAGCCGGGCGUGGAGGCUGAUAAGUUUGUCCAUUUGGACCGGGAUGUGAGGACCGUGCAAUGCAACCCGGGCGUGCUAGAGAGGACCGGAGAGAUGAGACCGCGUUUCCUCACCCGGGUGCAGCAGUACGGACGACGCUUCCAUUCGACGACCCGCGUCCCGCUCCAAGCCCGCGUACCGCUCCAACCCGCGUCCCGCUCCACGACCCGCUCCAGGUAAGUUUUCUUCUCUUUUUCGACCCAAACCCGUUUGCCCACGACCCGACCCGAACCAAACCCCCUCCUAACCUAAUUGUCGACCCUUUUCCUCUCAUUCCUCACCUCUUUCACAAAUCUAAAACCUCUCUUACCUCCAAGAACCAAAAACACCUUAUCUCACUCAAAUCUCCACCAAAUCAAUCCAUUCUUUUCCCUAAAUCAAAGUCUUUCUCCCAUUAGUCUAUUUUCUUGAAUCCUUUCUUCAUUUUCCAUCAUCCAUAGCAAGGUAUGAGUUCUUUAAGUUCAAAUUCGUAACUCUCAUGAACCCUAAAAAUUUGAACUUGAAAUUUGAGCUUUUUCUUGCUAGAUUCUUGUAAAAUAGACUAGGGAAAGCUUUUAUAUCAUGCUGGGUAGUUGGUUUCAUGGUGGAAUUGAGUUAAUUUGAGCUUUGAGAAAUUAGGGUUCAUGAGAUUUGGGGAUUUUUCAAAAAUUGCUUGUUUUAGGAUAUUCUUGGAGUAGAUUGGAUGCUAAGCUGGUGGAGAACUUAGAUUUAAGGUUGAUUUCGUGCUGUAGAGUGAUUGAUCAAGAGUUUUGCUGAUUAGAGAUUCUAGCUCUUAAAAAAAAAAAAAAAAAAAAAAAAAAAAAAAUCGAAUUUUGAGCAUGAGAUCCUCUAAUUUAGUUUGCAGCUCUUGUUUUGCUUAGCUAUUAAUUUGUAAUUAGGUUUUCUAGAGCUGAGCUCUUUCGCUUUGAUCAUUUCUCUCUCUUUGAAAAUUUUUAUUCC